GGUGGCGGCCUUAUAUGUUGUUAUGUUAGGUAUUCAAACUUGGAUUUAUAUGCUUAACUGGAAAAUUCAAAAGCCAGUUCGGUUAAACAGAUGACCGACUAAAACAUCUGAGGCUAGCCUCUAUAAUCUCUUUAUGUUUAACAAAACCGUAGACUUUAAAAACACCACUAAUCAAGAAAGAACCACGUGUCUUACGAGAUGUCGAGACCACACUACCUGCAUGCUUGAUGAUUGAAACGUAUGUAUUUUUUUAUUUUUUUUUACAGUUUUCUGAGAAUUUCUUUUAAGAAGUGAUUUCUUGUAAACAAAAAACUCUCCGGAACAUACAAUUAAAGUUUAGAUAAAAUGUAUGUACAAUUAGCGUCCUCUUGUAGCUUCAACUAGAGGACAAUUGCCAUUAUAAGCUAUUGAUCUACAAUUAUGCCAACAUCUCCCAAAGAAUUAACUAGCCAAAUUUUGCAGAAUUAUAAUAAUUUUUAAAAAUAUGUUUCACCUAAAUAUUCCCAAAAAAUAUUUUUCAUUUACGUAGUCAGAAACUUUUGUCAUAAGGAGAGGCAAAAUAUGGAUUGUCAAUAUUUUCACCGAAAGAUUGGUUGUCAUAAAUCAAGUCGCGAUCUAAAACAGUUUGGAUAUGGUUAAUAAAUUUGGUCUUAGAAAAAAGUCUAGCUUGGGCUUGACCCCAAAACAUGUAGACGCACCGACACAUCAUUUUAGUUUGCUAUGUAUGUUGCACGAAAGGUGAGCCCUGGGUCCUAUACCCACUUAAUGAGUUGAGUAAGUCUAAUUGAAGUUUUGUGUGUUAACUUAGUAGUUAACAAUACAUUGGUAUAAUCUAAAGAAUAUAUUGUAAAAGCAGAGAAAGGAUAUAAAGUAAAGAGGGAACUACUACUAGGAUUCGGUUAUCCACCCAAGCAGCUUACCUACCUAAAACUCAAUAAAGAAUGAUUUGAUAUGACAUUUGCGAGCUGACUAAAGAUAUAAGCAAAAAAACAGCCAACUUUGUGUGAGAAGUGAGAACAUAUUAAGUUAAUUUGUUUCAGAUGCCACUUGCAGAGCUUAACAUGUCUAGUUCUACAGAGGUUACAACACACACAAAAUACCAACGCUAACUACUCCAACUCUUUUCAUUUCCCAUUGAUUGGUUAUGGCAGUUGAGCUUUUAAACCAACUUCAACACCUCUACUUUUUCCCCCUCCACUUCCGAUCUCUCCUUACAAACUUCCUUGUCCUGCUGCACUUUCCCAUUAUCAAAACUUCCAAACUCAACAACAUGGAACGUUUUGUGCGCCUCCUAACUGUUGUAUUAGCCAUGGCUAUGGUGCUGGCUGCACCAGCCCACGCUCAGAUCAGCACGCCAUGCAGCACAUCAAUGAUAAACGGCUUUUUCAACCCUUGUAUGAAUUUCCUCACAAAUAGCAGUGGCAAUGGCAAUGGCACUUCACCUACUGCUGAGUGCUGCAAUUCCAUCAAGUCCCUCACAAGUGGCGGCAUGGACUGUUUGUGUCUCAUUAUGACUGGCAAUGUUCCCUUUAGAAUACCAAUCAACCGAACCCUGGCCAUCUCUCUUCCUCGUGCUUGCAAUUUGCCUCGUCUUCCACUUCAAUGCAAAAGUUCACCACUUCCAGCUCCAGGACCUGCGGCUUUUGGGCCAUCUCUUUCUCCAUCUGCUCCAUCUCUUAGUCCUGAAGCUUCCUCUGUACUUCCUUCACCUUCUUUGGCACCACUGUCUGACAUAACCCCUCCUCUUUUGACUCCAUCAUCUGCAACCACGGGAAGUGGUCGUUCUGAUCUGACUCCAUCUUCUGCCAUGCCAUCUUACCGUUUUCUACCUUCAGUUGUGUUGAUUGCGUUAGGAUUUGCUGUUCUUAAACACUAUUAGGUUGCCGUGCCUUCCACAAUUCCACAUCCUUAAUUUGUGGAUGCACAUGUACCUAAUAGGUUUGCAAUAUGUAUGGUUGUUGCGUUAGGUUUUGCUGAGCUUGUUUCAGACCCACAUUGGGGGAGUAUUAUUUGAGUUGUAAUGUAUAUGAGUGCAUGGAAAACAAAUUACUUUUAUUUUAUCAAUCUGGUUAAAUCAUGUAUGUGGUUGAAUUAGAGUUCAGUUCAUGCCAAUUUCCUAACCAGUUAGUUGGAAACAAAA